AUGGUGAACUCCACCCACCGUGGGAUGCACACUUCUCUGCACCUCUGGAACCGCAGCAGUUACAGACUGCACAGCAAUGCCAGUGAGUCCCUUGGAAAAGGCUACUCUGAUGGAGGGUGCUACGAGCAACUUUUUGUCUCUCCUGAGGUGUUUGUGACUCUGGGUGUCAUCAGCUUGUUGGAGAAUAUCUUAGUGAUUGUGGCAAUAGCCAAGAACAAGAAUCUGCAUUCACCCAUGUACUUUUUCAUCUGCAGCCUGGCUGUGGCUGAUAUGCUGGUGAGCGUUUCAAAUGGAUCAGAAACCAUUGUCAUCACCCUAUUAAACGGUACAGAUACGGAUGCACAGAGUUUCACAGUGAAUAUUGAUAAUGUCAUUGACUCGGUGAUCUGUAGCUCCUUGCUUGCAUCCAUUUGCAGCCUGCUUUCAAUUGCAGUGGACAGGUACUUUACUAUCUUCUAUGCUCUCCAGUACCAUAACAUUAUGACAGUUAAGCGGGUUGGGAUCAUCAUAAGUUGUAUCUGGGCAGCUUGCACGGUUUCAGGCAUUUUGUUCAUCAUUUACUCAGAUAGUAGUGCUGUCAUCAUCUGCCUCAUCACCAUGUUCUUCACCAUGCUGGCUCUCAUGGCUUCUCUCUAUGUCCACAUGUUCCUGAUGGCCAGGCUUCACAUUAAGAGGAUUGCUGUCCUCCCCGGCACUGGUGCCAUCCGCCAAGGUGCCAAUAUGAAGGGAGCGAUUACCUUGACCAUCCUGAUUGGCGUCUUUGUUGUCUGCUGGGCCCCAUUCUUCCUCCACUUAAUAUUCUACAUCUCUUGUCCUCAGAAUCCAUAUUGUGUGUGCUUCAUGUCUCACUUUAACUUGUAUCUCAUACUGAUCAUGUGUAAUUCAAUCAUCGAUCCUCUGAUUUAUGCACUCCGGAGUCAAGAACUGAGGAAAACCUUCAAAGAGAUCAUCUGUUGCUAUCCCCUGGGAGGCCUUUGUGACUUGUCUAGCAGAUAUUAA